AUGAGCGGAGAGGGAGAAGAAUGGAAGAGCAACAGGGGAUACUCCAUGGGAUCAGAGUGUAGUUCUCCUAUCAGGGGUGCUGGGAACAAUCGCUAUGGUGACGACGCGAAGAGGAAGCACCCUCUGGCCUCCUCUCGACGAGAUUGCUCGUCCUUCACUCGAGUCGGCGGGCAGCUUCCUACUCAUGCUUAUAAGGUCGACUACUUCCUCAACCCUCACCUCGACCCCAACUGCUCCACAAGACCCGUCGACCGAGACCGCGUGUGGGACCCCAAGACCCGCCGGCUCUCAAGGCUGUCGGAGCUCGACCCGUCAGACUUCUUGCACACGCCGGCAAAGACCGUAGAGGAGGAGAAGCGAGAGCUCUGGGAGCUGUUUGAGAGCGCCAAGGCGGUAGGGGCGGUGGUAGAGACGAAGGCGCCAGAGGCAGAGCAGCCGAGGCGGAAGUCGUCAUUGAUGGAGGCGGAGAGGAUGCGAGAUGCGUUGAUGAAGCUAUACGAGGAGGAGAUCACCGGAGGAUAUGUGUUGAAGGCUCGGGCAGACGAGGGAGGAGAAAGGACCGUAGCGAUUAGCGGAGCAGAGCUCAUGAUGCUUGAGAGGGGAGGAAUUGCCAUGGGGAAUCACAGCUCUUCCAACCGAACUGAAUGCGGGAGGCAAGGCGAUGGUCAUGGACUCGCAAGCAAAGCCUGUGCUAAUCAACCUAACUAG